GAGCCUUGGGAGUCGGGGUUGGAGGCGGUGCGGCUUGUUGGCCCGGGAGCUGUGGAAACCGCCUGGCCCGGGGCGCCCAGGCGACAGGGAAGGCGGGAGACGGCCUGGGCCCUCCCACUUUUCGGGGCACCUAGGCCAGUUCGCCCGCACAGUCCCCGGGAACUUGUUAACAGGAAAGCUUGGCAGAGAAACAAAUGCCAGCGUUUUGGAAGAACUGAGAGUCACGUCGUUGAGUGCUGAGGCUUUAUUUUCCUUCCUCGUCCCCUGCCCAAGCGCGGCCCAACUUGGCCAAAGAAGGAUGUGUCACCAGUUUAGGGCCGCGGGCGGGGUCCCCGGCCCGGCUGGGAGUAGAAGUACCUGAAACAAAGAAAAGAAGAUGAAAUCCCAGUUAGAGAAGUGACUUGACCAAGUUACUGAGCUGGUCAGUGCAGAAACAGAAGCUGGAACCAGGGACUCCUGACUGCCCACCUGGUGCUUUUCCUCUCAGCCACAUUUUCUGUUUCUCCACUGGAGUGAAAAGAAAAGUUUCUCUAUCAGUCACAGAAACAUGGAUCAUUUAAAUCUUUGGAGGACUCAGUUAUCACAGUACUUCUAUACAACCAAUUAAGAUUUAUGGCAGCGAAUUCAUGACAAAUUUCUGUGUUACAGAACCGCGGAAGACCUAAACGAUGAUGUUCUUUCACAGAAAUAAUCCCGUAGUAUCAUGAUAUUACUAAAUAAAACUAAAAAGCACAGUUGAUAUUCUACUUUAAAUUAUUAGACUUGCUAAUCCACACGUGCAACAGCUACUGUAUUCUGACAGUUACCCAACCUCAGAUUUAGAUGGUUUCCCAUUGUGGGAAAAAUCACUACAUUUGGAAGACUCCAGUGAACAUUUUCAUCAGAUGUCUUUUCAGCUAAGUGUCAAUUAGGAAAAUUUACUUGAAACUGGAGUUCUAGAAAAUUCCAAGUUCCACCACUAAGUGAAUUUGAUAUUAUGGCAGCAACUUACAGACUUGUGGUUAGUACUGUGAACCACUACAGCAGCGUGGUGAUUGACCGGCGUUUUGAGCAAGCUAUACAUUAUUGCACUGGAACCUGCCACACUUUCACACAUGGAGUUGACUGCAUUGUGGUACAUCAUAGUGUUUGUGCAGACCUCUUGCAUAUCCCUGUUUCUCAGUUCAGAGAUGCGGAUCUGGACUGUAUGUUUCUAUCCGGUGAGAAUGGGCUUUCCUCGGCUGAAAGUGACUAUUCUCAUCAUGCCCUCGCAGGUGUACCCAAGAUCAAGAAAGGAUCUGCAAUUCAGAACACCUGCAACUUAAAGGACAUUGCAGGAGAAGCAAUCAGUUUUGCCAGUGGGAAAAUAAAAGAAUUUUCCCUUGAAAAACUCAAAAAUUCUAACCAUGCAGCUUAUAAAAAGGGAAGAAAAGUUAAGUCUGACUCAUUUAAUAGGAGGUCGGUUGAUUUUGACUUGCUCUGUGGCCAUUAUAACAAUGAUAGAAACUCCCCAUCCUUUGGUUUACACCGGAGUUCCUCAAUGGAAGAAAAAUCUUUUUCUGAUCGAAACUCACUUGAUCUGAAUAUGACUUCCAUUCUUCUCCAAAACUUCUCUGAAGAAGACCUGGUUACUCAGAUUUUAGAAAAACAUAAAAUAGAUAAAUUUUCUUCUGGGACAGACAUAAAGAUGUGCUUAGACAUUUUGCUGAAAUGUUCUGAGGAUUUGAAAAAAUGCACAGACAUCAUAAAACAAUGCAUAAAGAAAAAAUCAGAGAGUAGCAUCAAUGAAGGAAGUGGUCAUGAUGCAAUUUCUAGCUCUGAAACUGUCUAUAUGAAUGUAAUGACGAGAUUAGCAUCCUAUCUGAAAAAAUUACCAUUUGAAUUCAUGCAAUCUGGGCAUAACGAGGCUGUAGAUUUAACAGAACUGCUCAGUAAUAUGCCUAGUUUACAACUGACUCCCUUCUCCCCAGUAUUUGGCACUGAGCAGCCCCCUAAAUACGAAGAUGUUGUCCAGCUCUCCGCCCCUGACUCUGGACAGUUUCAAACUAUUGAAUUACAAAAUGAGAAGCACAAUUCUAGGAAGAUGAACAAUGUAAAAUCCAUUCCAGAGAACUCCACAAAUUCCUUAUAUAACUUAGAAGUAAAUGUUCCCAGAACUCUAAAAGCUGUCCAGCAUCCAUCAGAGUUGUUAACCAUGAACCCUUUAGAAAAUGUUUCUUCUCGUGACUUAAUGGAGACUCUUUAUAUUGAAGAAGAAUCAGAUGGAAAGAAAGCGCUCAACAAAAGACAAAAGACAGAGAAUGGACCCAAUCAGGAAUUUGUAAAUCAAGCAAGAGCAGAAUUUUCGGACCAUGGUACUCACCUUAAGAAAUGUCCUGCCUCAGUGCAAAAUGAAAUUGGUACUAUAUUUGAGAAACCAGUUGUUAAUCUACUGGAGGAAGACCCUAAAUCAAAAGCCCCUAAAGUUGAAGAGGGAGACCACAGAGAUUUUCUGAAUCCUAACAGUCAAGAAGAGAUAGAUAAAUUGUUAAUGGAUUUGGAAUCUUUUUCACAAAAAAUGGAGACCUCUCUAAGAGAGCCAAUUGCCAAGGGUAAAAACUCUAACUCUCUAAAUAGUCAUAGUCAGUUGACUGGUCAGAUCCCUGUAGAUCUUGAGCCUAAAUCUAAAGUCUCUUCACCUCCGGAAAAAGUCUCACCUUCCUGUCUAACAAGGAUCAUUGAAACCAAUGGACACAAAAUAGAGGAAGAAGAUCGAGCCCUCUUACUGCGAAUCCUAGAAAGCAUUGAAGACUUUGCUCAAGAACUAGUUGAAUGCAAAUCAGGCAGAGGGAGCCUAUCACAGGAAAAGGAAAUGAUGCAGAUUUUACAGGAGACCUUAACAACUUCCUCCCAAGCCAGUUUAUCAGUCUGUAGAACUCCUGUUGGUGAUAAAGCCAAAGAUACUACUUCCGUGGUUUUGAUUCAGCAGACUCCAGAGGUAAUCAAGAUUCAAAAUAAACCAGAAAAGAAACCCGGAACAGCACUUCCACCUCCAGCCACCUUUCCAAGCAGCCCCCAGCCUCUGUCCUCUGUUACUCGUGUGAAUAAUGUUGUGAGUGCCCCGCUGUCCGUAAACAUUCCCCAGUUCUACUUUCCUGAAGGACUCCCAGACACCUGCAGUAAUCAUGAACAAACUCUGAACAGAAUUGAAACAGCUUUCCUGGAUAUUGAAGAUCAGAAAACAGACAUACAUGAAAUGGGGAAGAUUGCAAAGGUCUGUGGCUGUCCUCUCUAUUGGAAAGCCCCCAUGUUUAGGGCUGCAGGGGGAGAGAGGACAGGAUUUGUGUCAGCACAGUCAUUCCUUGAAAUGUGGAGAAAGUUGCUGAAUAACCAUCAUGAUGAUGCCUCUAAGUUCAUCUAUCUUCUAGCAAAGCCCAACUGCAGUACCCUAGAACAGGAGGAUUUCAUCCCGUUACUUCAGGAUGUGGUGGAUACACACCCUGGCCUUACGUUCUUGAAAGAUGCUCCAGAAUUCCACUCCCGUUACAUCACCACGGUAAUUCAGAGAAUAUUCUACACAGUCAACAGAUCAUGGAGUGGAAAAAUCACUACGACAGAGAUAAGAAAAAGCAACUUUUUGCAAACUCUAGCCCUUUUGGAAGAAGAGGAAGACAUAAACCAAAUCACAGAUUACUUCUCCUAUGAACAUUUCUAUGUUAUUUAUUGUAAAUUCUGGGAACUAGAUAGUGAUCAUGACCUCUACAUCAGCCAGACUGAUCUAUCUCGAUAUAAUGAUCAGGCUUCAUCAAACAGGAUUAUUGAAAGGAUAUUCUCUGGAGCAGUAACAAGGGGAAAAACAGUACAGAAGGAGGGAAGAAUGAGCUAUGCAGAUUUUGUUUGGUUUUUGAUCUCUGAGGAAGACAAAAGAAACCCCACCAGCAUUGAGUAUUGGUUCCGGUGCAUGGACGUGGACGGGGAUGGUGUACUCUCCAUGUACGAGCUAGAGUACUUCUACGAGGAGCAGUGCGAGCGGAUGGAAGCCAUGGGCAUCGAACCCCUGCCGUUCCAUGAUUUGCUUUGCCAGAUGCUUGACCUGGUGAAGCCAGCCAGUGAUGGCAAAAUAACUCUCCAUGAUCUGAAGAGAUGCAGAAUGGCUCACAUCUUUUAUGACACUUUCUUUAAUCUGGAGAAAUACUUAGACCACGAACAGAGAGAUCCCUUUGCAGUUCAGAAGGAUGUUGAGAAUGAUGGGCCUGAGCCCUCCGACUGGGACAGGUUUGCUGCUGAGGAAUACGAGACUCUUGUCGCAGAGGAGUCUGCCCAAGCACAGUUCCAAGAAGGCUCCUUUGAAGACUAUGAAACAGAUGAACCUGUCCCUCCCUCUGAAUUUGGAAACAAAGGAAAUAAAAUAGUAACCUCAAACCUUUCAGAGAAAUGUGGAAAGCUUCAGUCAGUGGAUGAAGAGUAGCUGUAUUUUGGAUGUUCUUUCUUGUGAAGAAAUGCUCGUUUGUACACUGCUUUCUUAAAGGCUUUGAUUUCUGCAAGUGUGUGUCUGCCCUAGGAACCUUAAAGUGUUUUUAAGCAAUAGGUCUGGAUACACACUCAACUUGGGAGACUCCUCCAGUUUGCCUCAAACCUCUUGCAGAGCUUUUCCUCAAAACCAAAUAUAAUCAUGUACAUCACCUUCCAAAGUCUGAGAAUCCACUCUCUACAACCCUGAUUAUACCAGGGAUCUCUUGUGGACAGUGCCAAGCACAGUUCACUCUACAGAAGUAGGAACUGCCUCACUGUCGGUCAGCAUCCCUGAGGCCCCUCAGGGCUCCUAUGGAGCCUAAAAGAAACCUUCAACUUGAGUUAAAAAUUUUUGAAACUUGAAAGAGCAGUAAGGGCUUCCAGAGUUGACUUAGCCCUGGUAAUAAAAGCACUGCCAAAACAUCUCAGAGACUUCUUUCAAUUUUAUUUGUACUGGAGUUGAAAGAUCUUGAACUUACCAGUUUAAUUUCACAAUGACCUGCCAAGCUAUGAGUCACUUUACAUCCUCAGGUAUUGUAACCACUGGGCUUUCCAACCUUAUUGCCAAGCUUUGAAUAAUCCUUCCCCAAUCAUGACUGUAGAUCUUAUAUAAAAUCUCAAGAAAAAACUUACUAGAUGAAGACAAGUACAGAAUUUGGUUCACAUCUGGGGAAAAAACUCUUUAACAUUUGUAGAGAACUGAUUUAUUAAUCUCCAAAUUAGUUGAAUCCCCCGUCUCUUCGUAUUAGAAGGCCUAUUUGAAGACUUAAAGGAAAAUUAAAGACUUACAUGAAAAUUUUUAACUACACUAUAUUCCUUCCUUUACUAAGUAUUACAAAGUAGGCGGACAGUAAAGGCCUCAAUGUAAACAGUUUCUUCAUGUUGAAAACAAACUACUAUUCCAGGCACCUUUUUAACAUCUUUGUCAAAAAUCAUCUUUUCCUCUUGUUUUGUUUUUUAUCUUAAGUCCUAAAAGUGUCAGAAUAGCUUCCCUUCAGCACCAUCUUGGCCCCCUUGCAGGUCUGCAGGUCAGGCAUUUAAGUAACCAUACCUUGGGCUAUGGUAGGCAAAAAGUGAGGGAAUUUAUAAACUCCAUAAUCAGCAAGUUAACAAUCCUUCCUGAGACAAAAUCCUCCCAGUUUCCUGUUAUUUUAUCUUCAUGAUUAGAACUGACCAUCUGUUUAAUGGAAACCAUUAUAGAAAGUGACAAUUAUUAAAACUAAUAGUUUACGCAGAACAAAGUUUAAAAGUGACUAAAUUUAGAAAACACUACAUGCAGUAACCUAAGAACACUGAUAAAAUUAUUAGGAUUACUUAUGUGAUAACAUGAAUUUAUUGUCCAGCCCAUCCAGCCUUUACCAGGGAAGAAAAGCAACCAUUUAUUUCAGAUAAAAAUACAAAAAAUGUUUAAUACUGGCUUUUUUUAGAACCAGAUAUGCUUUAAAGGUUUUAUUAUCCGUAAUGAUCUAAACUGUUUCUAAGACUCAGCAAAAAAAUAAAAAUAUUCAUUUUUCCAGUGUAUAUAUAUAUUUUCUUAACAUCUGGCUUUGCCUUUUUCCCUUGUUGCUCCAUACUAAAGUCAUCUUACUUUAAUUUUGACCCGUAUUUAGUUUAAAAACAGUCUGUAAAUGUAAAAGUACAGCUAGCAAUACUAUUGCAUUUAAGAUAAGGCUGGUUUAAAAUAAAUUUAGGUUUCCCAAAGUACCACAUUUUCAGACAUUAUAAACAUAUGUUUCAUGUACUCUUAGAUCUGAAUGCAAGGAGUGUGACUUGAGAAACUAGGGCAGUAUGUUGCUUGACUUUCUGGUAAAGAUCACGCUGAAUAUAAUCAUUACUGCCAAACCGGAAAUUUCAAGUUAUAAUAUUCCAGGCUCCUUGAUAAAAGAUACAUCAAAGGUUAUCAUGAUCUUAAUGCUAUUCAGUGAAACUUGAGUUUCACAGCAUAACAUUAAUUGCUGAGGUAAUCAAGAUAAAAUAGAAUUCUGUGUAUUUUCCCUGCACCUUAUUCUGUAUCACCAUGUACUGUUCAAGUGUUUAUAAAUAAGAAGUCAUUUGCUCAGUUUUUGUAAACGAUAAGGUGUGUUUGGAUGGAGAAGGCUGCAUGACUUUUGUUUUUCCCUUUUUGCAAAACGAAAUAAAGAAAAACUGUCAAAUA